UUUCAGUUUGGAUGAUCAUACCAUUGCGACCAAAUUAGGAAGCUGUGCUCUGGAGUCAACCUUCCUACACUCUAUUCCUACCCUGUAGUCAACCAUCAUACAAUUUGCGUACGUCAGAUUUUCUUUUCCUCUAUACGUUUUCUCUACCUCCCUAAACGCCUCAGCUCUCAUCGAGCCCUGGUACCAGUAUCGAUACAACGCAUCACCCCCCCAAACAUGUCGGACAUCCAAGUAGCCAACCACAACCCUUUCGAUGCAGUGCCUCCAGAAGUUAUCCUCGAAAUCAGCACACAACUAGGCCUAGCCUCUACGAAAUCCUGGGUAUCCUUCCGUCAGACAUGUCGCCGCUUCCGCAACCUCACAGCCAACUACGAGGCCUCGACCGUGAAAGACAUCAUGGCGCGCUACCCCCAAGAAACCCUCGAGCGCAUGGGGAUCCGCCUGGCCGCGCCGACCUACCCCUCUAUGCACACGGCUCUCCGGCGCUUCGCGACGAUGAAAUGGAUAAUGAGUGGCGUGUCCUACAUCGUCAAGAGCAGCUGCAAGGCCCAGCCGAAGCUGGCCGUGGCGAGAUUCGAAGAGGGGUUGAAGCUGAUAUAUGCUGUGUCUGACCAAACCUCGUACAGCGACAAGGUCCGCCUUCUGCACAAAAUGUCGAUUACCUCCUUGGUCUCGCUCUGGCUGGCGCUGUAUUUCUGCCACGACGAGGCUUGUGAGCAGAGUAAGGGGAUUGUCGACAAUGAGCAUCGUGCCGAUGACGCAGACUUCCGUCGCCAAGUUGAGGUCGCGUUUGGCGAAGAAGUGUUGUGGCAGGGCCCGACCUUCGUCUACGAUACGUUGAAGUGUGUUGAUAGAGCAGACAAAGCCCUCCAACGUCGCUUAGCUAUCGUGCAACAAGCAGAGUCCGAUACGAGAGACAACACAUACAGACCGGUAGAUGCCGGAAUCGUCUAUAACGAACUAGAAGAUUGGUUAUCCGGUGCUCUUGGCUGCGAUAAGUGGGAUUUGGUGUACGAGGCGUUUUAUGGAAUGUGAAAUUGGGGGUUGGAUUGACUACCGGAGCGUUGGCUACAUGAUCUUCACUUUGAGUUGGAUGUCCGAUAGAGCUUGUAUAUACAUCUACGACACUGCCAGGGGCGUUAGAUUCUUUGCGGAUCCGCUGUCGAGUUGGUUUACCCCGUGACAUAGAUCACCAGGCCUCGGAAAUACGCAGAUCUUGUUGUAAUAUAUACAGACGACCUACAAUCGAAUGAUGCUAGACUACCACACCAUGCGCUCUUCCAGGCCCCAGAGCAGGAUCCGUCUAUUGGUUUCCCGAAU